CUUUGUUUCGCUGGCUGGCGCGUUUGUUUGCAAGGGUUACUGCGAUAAUGAAAUUUUUGGUCGAGGGGCUACGUGUUGGUGGUCCCGGUUGGGAUUCGGCCGCGGAGGACUACAAAGACGGCCGGUGGCGGAGUUGCGGUUUCGUAGGUGUUUAGGUGUGAAGGCCGCCAUUUUGGAAAAUAUACAGCGUGAUUCCAACAAUAAUAAUAAUAAUAAUAUGUAAUUUGAUGAGACAAGACGCAAGAUCCUCCAGUGUAAUUAUGUCUUUAACUCAUUGUAUAUAAAAAAAAAUUGGUUAAAGAUUAUUUCGACAGAAUUUUCCUUGUUGAUUUCCAGCAACUAAGUGAUGUCGGGCUCUUCUUCGACGCGUUCCAAAAUUUGUUCCUCAGCUUGCAGUAUUCGUUCAGUCUUAUCACGGCCACCAUCGUGAGUUGUCGAGACGCUCUGAAUUAGAAAAAUUCACCAUUAUCAAAGACGUUAAUCGAAGACACGACGGCAACCAAGUGAUACAUGACUGGCACUUAUCGUGUUUUUGCACGUUGCUUAUCAGUUCAAUUAAUUAAUUUUGUAAUUAAUUAUUACUAUUUACUUUUCUAACUAGUUUUUGUGGGUCAACACAUAACAGGAAUAUUUUAUGUAUGCUAAUCCUUACAUUUUUUAUCAGCUGACCUCAUAUAUAUGUAACACAUGCGAACGUAUUUUCUGUUUUAAUGCAGCUAUUAAAACAAAAAUAGUGAUAAAAAAUAAUUUCAAACAACAAAAGUCGUCGCAUGGAAUAUUAUUAAGUCAGACAUAUGCAUUGUGCCAUUAUGAAUAUCCGUCUAAAGUUGUAUCUUCUAAGUGCAUUCGUCUAUAUGGUUAUUAUUUCUUUUAUAUACAUCAUCGCUUAUAGAGAGAAAAAAAGAUUACACGUUAAUGGGUGUAAUGGUUCGUCACGUCAGUGCAAUCUAGUUAGCGUUAGAGAAGUUAUGGACGAUAUUAAUGGUGGAUGCAACAAUAACAAUGCGCAGAGUUAUUCAUUCCAUAAUGGACAUGGUGGGAGAAAAAGUGUUUUUUCCAAAGAAAGUGCGCUUAUUGAGGUCUAAAGUUUAGUGAGAAUUAUGUUAUAUUAACAUUAACAUUAACAGUAAAGAAUACACUUAUUAAUUGCAUUUCUCACGUGUAACAUUUAAUCUGUUGUACUGAUUUUACUUUCAAUCGAAUUUUCGAUUUAACUCGUAGCUAGAAGAUCUACGUAAGCAGUGACCGGUGUAUACGUUGUAUUGAGUAAAUUCAAGAAGGUGGCCAUCAGACUGUGUAAUUUUGUG